AUGGCAGCGGGAGAGCUCCAAAACGCGGUCAGCCUCAAAGACCUCGUCCCUAACGAACAACAAGAGAGAGCCGAGCCGAGCGGCGCGGCGGAACCCGCGAAUCCUCCCCGACGAAGCGAUAACUCCAAACGCGAUAGGAGAGCCUAUCAGCGCCGAGCCGAAGCAAAGGAAAAUUGGACAGAACCAACCGACAUCCCAAACACAGUGAUCUCCUUCACCGAGGAAGAAACGGCAGGAAUCGAUCGACCUCACAACGAUCCGUUGGUAAUUGAGUUAACAAUCAGGGAUCAUGACGUAGCAAGGGUGCUCAUCGAUACUGGAAGCUCGGUGAAUGUCAUCUUCAGGGAAACACUCAGAAGAAUGGGAAUCGACCUCUCCGACGUGGAAGCAAUCCCCAAACCUCUAAUCGGAUUUUCAGGAGAAACGACGAUGACUAUGGGAACGAUCAGGCUUCCUGUGGUAGCUGGCGGAGUCACUAAGAUCGUCGAAUUCUGCGUCACUGAUCACCCAGCAAUCUACAAUGUGAUCAUGGGAACUCCAUGGAUCAACGGGAUGAGGGCGAUCGCGGAGAGCCGCGAAACACGCACUGAGCCAGUAUGUGACGUGGUGGACUCGGUGUGCAUAGACGAGGCGCGCCCGGAGCGAUGCGUCGAAGUAGGAACAAAACUGGAAGAGCCUCUGAGACGCGAACUCCUUUCCCUCCUCAAGGAAAACAUCAACACUUUCGCCUGGACAGCGGAAGAUAUGCCAGGCAUAAGCAUCGACGUGACCUGUCACCAGCUUAAUGUGGACCCGACCUUUAAGCCAAUCAAGCAGAAAAGAAGGAAGCUCGGCCCUGAACGAGCUAAAGCAGUUAACGACGAAGUCGAGAGGUUACUCAAAGUAGGAUCAAUCGCCGAGGCCAAAUAUCCGGACUGGCUCGCAAAUCCGGUGGUCGUGAAGAAGAAGAACGGCAAGUGGCGAGUAUGUGUGGAUUUCACCGACCUCAACAAGGCGUGCCCAAAAGACAGCUUUCCCUUGCCACACAUCGACCGGCUCGUCGAAGCCACUGCAGGGAAUAGACUGUUAACAUUUAUGGACGCGUUCUCCGGCUACAAUCAGAUCCUGAUGCAUCCUGAUGAUCGGGAAAAAACGAAUUCAUAA